UCGCUAUUGCUGGUUGUUUAAAAGCCUUAUUUUUUUUCUUUAAAUAAUAAAAGUAAAUAUAAUCUGUGCAAGAGCUACCUUUUUGUCUUGCUUUGUUCUUCUCCAUGUUUGGGAUUUAAAUUAAAAACCCGAAAACAGACAAAGAAAUCUCUCAUUUUGAAUGGAGGAAGGUUUCCUGAGAAGCAAGUUCAAGAGCGUCUGUGUCUUUUGCGGUAGCAACUCCGGCAAUAGGGAAGUCUUUAGCGACGCUACGAUUGAAUUGGGCAAUGAACUGGUGAAGAGGAAGAUAGACUUGGUUUACGGUGGAGGAAGUGUUGGGUUGAUGGGCUUAAUAUCUCAGAGAGUGUAUGAUGGAGGCUGCCGUGUCCUUGGGAUAAUUCCGAAAGCUCUUAUGCCUAUUGAGAUAUCUGGUGAAACAGUAGGAGAAGUGAGAAUCGUUUCAGAUAUGCAUGAGCGUAAAGCUGCAAUGGCUCGAGAGGCUGAUGCAUUUAUUGCUCUCCCCGGAGGGUAUGGAACCAUGGAAGAGCUGUUGGAGAUGAUAACUUGGGCCCAACUGGGGAUUCAUAAAAAACCGGUUGGUCUACUGAAUGUUGAUGGUUACUAUAACUGUUUGCUUGCCUUAUUUGACAAUGGUGUUGAAGAAGGUUUCAUUAAGCCUGGUGCUCGAAAUAUAAUUAUCUCUGCUCCAACGGCCAAGGAACUUGUGACGAAGAUGGAGCAUUACAUUCCUUCACAUGAACACGUCGCCCCUCAUGAGAGCUGGCGGAUGGAGCAACUAGGUAAUUAUCCGGGACAAGAAAAUGAAGAAUGAUAUUGCUCUUGAUGAUAGCUCUUCCAUUUAAAUUGAUUUCCGAUUUGAUUCUUCAUCAUUUGAUAUGUGUACAAUAGUCUGUGUAGAUGGGGCCAGACGUCGUUCUUUACCGUGUACUAUGUGGUUCUUUGUGAAUGGAAUGAUAGUAUAUCGGCAUUUCUACUUUGCACAAUUCUUUUA